CCUCUGCAAACUAGCAUUUCCAAACCCUGUACUCAGCGAGCUUUCGUCUUUCGACAACUUUGGAACUCCUCCUUCUCAAUUGGUUGACCACACGGUCUCAGUCUUAAGCGUGACCAUACUUGUAGCCGUGACACCGGCUGACUGGGCAACUCCGCGUCCAGCGCAAAUUCCCGGGCUUGCCUACGUCAUGUUCUCCCAGCCCCGCACACUACUGGGCCAGGGGACACGAGGCACCACAGCAUCAAUAUGCAGCUCAAGGCUAGUGCCAACGCUUGCAGCAGGCGCGCUGCGGCCUGGCCACCUGUCGGCAUGCCGUGCCAAGAGCAAGGACGUGCUCGCCAAGAGCUUUGACAGCGAGGACGAGCUUGACGGGGACCUGGCGAACGAGCUACAGCGGGUAGCGGACCCCGAGCGGCUCAAGAAGCUGGCUCAACACUUCGAGCUCGCCUGGAAGAUUGCGCGGCCCGGGAGACCGCAGACGUGCGACUGCUGCAAGGGGCGAAAGGAGGAGGAGUGCAACUGGUGCCAUAGCACAGGCUACCUGAUGGUGGGCAGCCAGGUGUUCCCCAGCACCCCCACCCACACCAACAACUGCCCCGUGUGCAAGGGCAAGGGCUACAUCAAGUGCGAGCGCUGCCGCGGCACCGGCUUCCGAGCCAACUGGCUGCCCUCGGACUCGGACCUGCUACCCUGAGCGACAGCGCCACACAGCGCACACAGCUGCUGUUGCUGCUGCGGCUGCCCCGAGAGUCCCGCAGCGUGUGCACCUGUUGCUGCGCUGAGAGGCCCCACGGAGCCAACUGGAAGCUUGGGGUGUGUGCAGUCGGGUGGCGGAGUGCAGCGGAGCGCGCGGGGCGCGAGAGCAGCACAGGAGAGGCUGGCGCAGGCAAGAGCCUGGGAGGGAGGGAGCUUGCGUGGGCACGGCAGCAGAGAAAGCCUGCGGCGCCGCACGGCUUGCAAUGUGGGCGUGGAGCGCGCAGCUGGAGAGAGCAGCAGCAGUAGCGAAGCCGGGGUGUUUGCGGUCACGGUGUUAGGGACCCAGUGGCUGGGCGGCUCCACCAAGUAAGUUGCCCAGGGGCCAGAGGCAUAGGUGGCUUCGCGCGGUUAGACCUGCAGUGGCGUACAGCCGCAUUGCCGGCGGAACUUCCCGCAUGCCAUGCCGUCCCUGUAGAACGGCCAGUGUUUGACAUGUCAGAAAGCUGCAAGGUUGGGUAUGAAACCUUGGCUGGCCCUCCUGCUAGCGCGUCGCGCACAGGCCUUGUGGCGGUGGGUGGAGCGGUUGUCGAUCACUGGCACAAAUUGUAUCAUAGUUGCUCAGGGGGUUGUUCUCCAAUGACUUGUGUAGAUGCAGCAUGACUAUCUUGGCUUUCCAACAAUCCUGGAACGUGUAGGUUUCCAAGCAUGUAUACUACAGCACAACGGCUGUAUUCAGUCUUUGAUUGUGAAUCGCUGCUUGUUUCUGGUUUGUGGCAGUUGAUCGGAUGUAUAGAUACUGUGUCGGGCUGCGUGCGUUCAAGCUCUCGGACUGGGGUCGGCGAUGACAAGGAUAGGACAAAGUAAUGCGGUAGGUAAGGUUUGUUCGUGAUGGUACGAGCAGCGCCAGAUUGGUGCUGCACGGGCAUGUCCUUCGCGCUUUGCUUGGCGAACAACACAAUGCGGAGAAGAUUGGCAUUCUUGGUGCGUGAAUGUCUUGCAUGCCGCACCCAUGCGUCUGCUGGCUCUACCCUUUCACAGUCCACCGUUGCGACUGUGUCAGGUGCGGCCUCUUCAUAAGCGUACGGCUUGGGGAACCCAGGGUUUCGCGCAUCCGUGUCUGGCACUUGACGAAUCAUCGGUGUUGGGGUGCGAUCAUCGGAGUGCGCUGGUGGAGCGGUGUUCGGGAACAAGGCGCGCUGCGUGUCGAGACCCAAAACGGAUUAGAGAGGAGUCGACCUUGUUUUCUUGGCUGGAUUGAGAAUGGUUGGACGAGUUUCUUGCAUUUCGCAACGAUGCGGGCAGGAGGUGCGUGCCUACAGCACCAGCGCCAACAACGUAGGCGUUCCCGGCCGGGGUCUGGACGUGCGGCCGAUUGCAACGAUGCUGGAUUCCUAGUACAAGCAAGAGCAGCGGGUGGUGACAAGUCAAGUCCAGAGUGUGAUGGCUGUAGUCUCGGCCCACAAAUCCCAUAAGGCGAGUCAUGGCAAGAGUCGGAACGCAGGUUCCUUGGUGCGGUUGAUUGCGAGUUUGCGACGGCAUGUGUGUGGCAGGUGUGUGGUGUGUGCCGCCGCGUGCGCCUGCAGCCCGUCUGCGCCAACAGCCGGUGCAGGGCACAGCAUGUCGUCGAUACUCAACACACGUCUGCAGAAGCCACUAAAGCCAGAGUACCUCAUCUCAUGGGCUCAUGGCGGCCUGCCCUUGGUGCGAAGAGGAGUGCAGGGAGUCGCCUCUGCAUCCUGCAGCCACCCCAGGGCCAAUGCCCCUGAUUUGCAGUGUCCUCACCCCAUACCAUGCCUGGGAACAAAUGCGUCUCAAAGCUUGAGUUGCAUCACUAUUAGCAGA